CAAGUUAACAACUACUACUACGUAUAAAAUAAAAUUACAAGAACGAUGAUGAAGAAAUGAAACUGUAGAUCUUGCCUACCAUGGCGGAUCUUCUUUCUCUCUCAUGUUUUCUCUUCUUCUCAAUCUUCCUCCACUCUCUUCAUCUUCAUCUUCAUGUUCAUGGCGAAUCAAACAAUCAAACUUCCAUCACGCAAAUCAACCACGAUCUCUACCAUUCCAGUGACAAUUUGAUGGAGGAGAUUAGGGCCUUGGUCCAUCGUCAUUCGGAUAAACUCACUGUGGAGACACUUAGAGCUGGAAACAAAGGAUAUGGCGCUGAGGUUCCGGUGGUUACUUAUUGCAAGCGGAAAAAAGAGAAUGAUGAGAGAUUGAAGCUUCGGAUACUUCUUAGUUUUGGGCAGCAUGGAAGGGAGCUGAUUACCACAGAACUUGCUUUAAGGAUUUUGUCUAUUCUAAGUGAAGAACAAUUUCUACCCGGCAUGGAUCAAGCUUCCUUAAACAGUACACUUGACAAGCUAGUCAUAAAAGUAGUUCCGAUGGAAAACUGGAAUGGCCGCAAACUUGUUGAGGCUGGAGAUCUUUGCGAGAGAAGAAAUGGCAGAGGAGUUGAUCUCAACCGGAACUGGAGUGUAGACUGGGGAAAAAAGGAGAAGGAUUAUGAUCCUUAUGAGGAGAAUCCUGGACUCGCUCCAUUUAGCGAGCCUGAAAGUCAACUUAUGCGGAAUCUUGCGAUAUCUUUUCAACCGCAUAUAUGGGUCAAUGUGCACUCUGGAAUGGAAGCUCUUUUUAUGCCAUAUGAUCAUAAAAAUAGAACACCUGAUGGGUUGCCAUUGCAACGGAUGAAGUUGUUGCUUGAAGAAGUAAACCAGCUUCAUUGCCAAAAGCGUUGCAUGAUUGGGUCUGGAGGCGGUUCCGUAGGGUAUUUUGCUCACGGGACUGCAACAGAUUUCAUGUACGACAUCGUGAGGGUUCCCAUGGCUUUCACAUUUGAGAUAUACGGAGAUGGAACAGCCUCAUCAAAAGACUGUUUUAAAAUGUUUAAUCCAGUUGACCUUGCUAGCUACAACAGAGUUCUCAGUGACUGGUCUGCAGCAUUCUUUACGAUUUUUAAAUUGGCACCACUUCAGCUUGGUGAGUCUGUCUUGAAGUUGGAUAAGUUGGUAUCAAUAGAUGAAUAUCUAGAUGGGUAUUUGAUGGAGAGGAGAAAUAGAUACGGAAAAAAGAUAGAGGUGCUUGAGCUUGGAAUGCAAGAAAUAAGAACGUAUUUCAGGCUCUUUUUACUAUCUUCAGUUUUACUAUUGUUCAUGUUUUGUUCUAGAAUUUCAAAAAGUAAGUGUAGACCAAUUGUUGCUGCUAUGCCCCUAUAAAAUUAGGUCGUAGCUGAAAAUGUACAUUCAAUUUUGAGAAAAAAAGUUACAAGUCAAAUUGUUCUGUAUUUCAAUGUAACGCUUCUUCACAUGAGCUGAUUCUUUAUUGUGUUCAACUAAGGAGCCGGUAAUUGGUCUCCAUUGAUAUGUAAAAUAACUCCAUAGUUAUUUAUUGAUUCA